GUCACUCAUUUUGUGCGAAAUCCAUCGUAUCCAAUUUGCAAACCCUCAUUUUGGCAACGCGCGAGUGCGUAUACCAUGCCGUCAGACGGACAAAACUGAACCAUCUGCUGCCGCAGCUGAGUUGUAAUCAUGAGCAAGUUCAUAGCGGAGGCUGGAAUGGCCCAGAUGGAGGUGCAGGACUCAGGAUGAGAUGGCACUGCAGAGAACUCACACUACAUUAGCUACCACUGACAGGUGAUGUCCCUCCCUGCAGGGGACAGGAGAAAUACGCAUAAAAAAGCAGUGAGUUGGUGUUUUACUCAUGUACAUCUGGUGGUGUCCUUGUUUUAAUUGGAGGCAUUAGACGGAUCCGCCAACUGGCAGAGAACACCAGAUACUUCAGGGCCAGACUGAAGGAGAUGGGCUUCAUCAUCUACGGCAAUGAUGACUCACCUGUGGUUCCCAUCCUGCUCUACAUGCCAGGCAAAGUGGUGGCUUUUGCUCGAGAAAUGCUGGAGAGGAAAAUUGGUGUUGUAGUGGUCGGCUUCCCGGCUACACCGAUUACAGAGGCCCGAGCUCGCUUCUGUCUGUCUGCAGCACACACCAGAGCAAUGCUGAACCAGGUGCUGCACCAUCUGAACGAGGUGGGAGACACUCUCUGCCUGAAGUUCUCACGGCUGAAAUAUACCCCCAGUCCUGACCUCUAUGAUGAGACAGACUUUGAGCUGGACAGCUGAUAUGACCCCUGACACCUUCAUUUCACAGUGUCAAAACCAAGUGUCCACGCCGCAGCAGACCCGUAAACACACAGUGCAGAGUAACACCCACGUCUCACUGCACGAGAGGCAGCCAAAUGUUUAGCAGCUGCUUUUUAUACGUUUUUACAACAUUUUGAUUUGACAGAACACUUAUUUUUGCUUCCUUACAAGAGACUCUAUUUGAACUAUUUAAAUGUUUUAUUUCUAAAUACAUAUAUAUGUAAAUACAAACAUGAAAUUAUUGCACAGGCAUUGCAGGAUUGGUGUCAAACUCAAAUGCAUUGUAAAAUAUUUUGAGUCAUUUAGCCUUUUAUAUUGAGACAUCAUUCUAAAUACUUGUUUCUAUAUUAAGCACUGAAAACUGCUUAUCAUAAUUUAUUGUCAUCAUUUACAGUAUGUAGGAUUUAGGGGGGAUAUAUUGGCAGAAAUGUAAUAUGUAUAUUUUCUUUUGUUACCUUAGAAUGAGCCGUUUAUAUCUACACCGGAGGCAGGUACUCAUCCACAAAGUCCGCCAUGUUGCACUGCCAUGUUUCUACAGUAGACCAGAAUGGACAAACCAAACACUGGUGCUAGACAGGGCCAUCUGCGUUUUCGUGUUGGCCACCGUAGUUAGCAUCUCCUCCGUGAUGAGCCGAACAGCCUCAGAGAAACACUGAUAUGUAAUGUGGAACUGCUUUAUUCAGUGUUUUCAGUGAUUCACAACUGAUGGAUCGCGGUCCAAAAGUGGGUCAUGGGUCCAUUCUGAAAAGACCGCAAGUCACUUGCAAACACUAUUUUUAAGUACAGUGAAUUUCCUGCACAGAGCUUUUAUUUUGAAGUGCCAUUUCCUGCGACUUGACAGAGACAAACUAGCUGGGCAACAUGGCCAAAGGCAAGUAUGAUGCUGUAUAUAUUACACUGUUUGGACCUUUAACUAGUGUCUAAGGAGAUAUCUGGACACCAUGGCUGGACUGAUUUAAAUCACCAGAGAGGAAGAGACCUCUGCAGUUAAUCGGCUCCCACUAAAAACCUCCUGAACAAUAAACCCUGAAGGAAUUUAACCGGGAGAAUUUUCUGCUGGUUGCAACCUGCAAUCCUCACUACUAGACGUCACUAAAUUCCCCUAAAUCCUACAUACUGCUCUUUUAAAAGAUGCCAGUGGUGGUCAUUAUUGGAGAAUAAUGCACAGACUUUCAGAAUUUGACGUGAGGAGUCCCAUUUACUUCCUGUACAUGGAGAAGUAUUUAAAAGUUAUGGAAAAGGCAUUUGUAGGUUGACAUUUUCCCUGUAGCGCACUGCUGCAUUGCUAAAAUAUUGUGUUUGCUGAUAUCUAUUUUUAUUUUAUUUCCAAUAAAACACAAAUAUUGCACACGAAAA